AUGCCUCUACAUACCGAGACUAGUAGUACUCCCCUUCCUCCAAAGUACUUACAAGAUGAUAAACUGACUCAAGAAUGUGAGGAGUUGCUGCCUUCUCUACCCAAAGAGAAAGGAUGGGUUUCAUCUUAUCUUUACCAAUACCGAGGUUUUUGGCACUCCGCCCGGCAGCUUCAAGGUGUCAUUGCAUGUCAAAAACACUUUGAAGCCCAAGAUUCUGACAUUUUCCUCGUCACUACUCCCAAAUCCGGGACUACAUGGCUGAAAGCCCUUCUAUUCGCUUUAGUUAACCGCAUGCAGUGUUCUUUUAUGGAACAGCAUCCAUUGCUCAUGCAUAGCCCUCAUGAGCUUGUUCCUUAUCUGGAUUCAAAGAUCUAUGUCGAGAACCAAACUCCUGACCUCUCUUCCUUCACUAGCCCUAGACUUUUCGCCACUCAUUUGCCAUUAGUUUCAUUGCCACAAUCCGUGCAUGAUUGUCCCUGCAAGAUUGUUUAUCUCUGCCGAGAUCCUAAGGAUACCUUUGUAUCCCUGUGGCAUUUCGCGAACAAGCUGAGGCUUGAGAACAUGGAAAGUAAUUCACUUGAAGAUGUUUUCGACAGGUUCUGUAAGGGAGUAAGCGCGUAUGGACCCUUUUGGGACCAUGUUUUAGGUUACUGGAAAGAAAGCUUGAAAAACCCGGAUAAGGUUCUUUUCUUGAAGUACGAGGAUUUGAAAGAAAAGCCCACUUCCCAGUUGAAGAAAAUAUCUGACUUCUUGGGGUAUCCGUUUUCUACUGAGGAGGAAGCAUCAGGACUCCUGGAGGGAAUCAUUGACCUUUGUAGCUUUGAUAAGUUGAGCAACUUGGAGGUGAACAAGAGUGGGAAGUUGUCUUCUGGUGAAGAAAAUAAGGCCUUCUUCAGGCGAGGUGAGGUUGGGGACUGGAUGAAAUUUCUGAAUGCUAAGAUGGUAGCUCGGCUAAAUUCUAUUACUCAACAAAAGUUUGAUGCAUCUGGGCUAAAACUAUAGGCUUAUAUAUAGUUCAAUGCAUUUGGAUCAAAAGUCUGUUGCUGCAUUAAAUGUUUCAGAGACGUCUUCGAUGUUCGAGUCUUUAUUCGUAAAGGUUGAUUACUUAUCGGUGAUUACCUUGCAGGUCCCUCUACCAAGUUGUUUUCUGA